AUGCUCCUCCUCUGCGCAUCCGCCAUCCCGAGCCUGCACGCCAGCACCGGGUGUAUCAAGGAGCGCAAGAUGCAGCCGAGAUGCAGCUCCUCCUCAGCGGGUGUAUCAAGUCUUGAUUAUGGAGCACCGGCGGCGGCCACGCACAUUCUCGCCGAGGCGGAGGCCGCGCACGCUGCAGAGGUCGCCUCGGGCACCGCCGCAGCCUUCCUCAGCCACCGCACUGCGUCAUCGCGCCGAGAGGUGGCCUUCAGCAGCCACCACGUCGGUGCUCGCUUCGUCGGUCCCGAUUCCGCCGCUCUCGGCGACGGCGCCUCCAGCGUGCAUAUCAGCGACGAGGCGGUCCUCGCUCCCGCCGAAUGCGCCGCCCUCCGGCUCGAGGCGCGGCUUGCGAUGGCAAAGGGCCUCUCGUCGCAGUUCACGUACACGGACGUGGCGCCAAUCCGAGAGGCGACCGGCGGAUGCUCCGCCGCAAGCUGGCUCGCCUGCUCCUCCCGCUGGUGGCUGGCCGCUUCGCCCUGCCUCCCGGCUCGCUGCGGGCAGCCCUUCCACCGCGACGAAGGGCUCGUCUCGUUCAACGUCCCUCUCUCCCGAGGGACCUGCUUUGAGGGGUCUGGCGCCGUGCUGCGCCCCCCGCAAGGGCGGCUGCUCUGCCACGCGUCGGGGAUGCGACACGCGGGCCACGCCAUCUCCCGCGGCGUGCGGUGGGUCCUCGUCGUCUUUCUGGUGUCGACGCGCGCGCCGCAGCUCGUGCGGCGCUGCUCCAACCUCGCCGCCGCAGAGGCGAGGCUGGCGGCGGCGGCCGAGGCGGCGAGGGCAGGCCGCGAGAGAGGCGCUUUGAGCGAGGACCGCAAUCUCGCGCUGCUCGUCGCGGUCGGCGCGGGGCGCGGCUUGCUCGCGCUGCGCGACGGCGGCGGCGGUGUGGAGGGGCGGCGAGGCGAGGGCUCGCGCCCGCAGGUGCUGGGAGAGCGGGCCGCGGCCGCGCGGGCGGGGUUCGUGGCGGAGCGAGCCGAGGGGGUGGAGAGAUGGCUUGGCGCCGCGCUGGCCGCGAUGGGCGGCGCAGAGAGCGAGGCGACGGACGAGGCGGAGGCUGUGCGGCGAGAGGCCCACCACGAGCGGAUGCGCGACGAGCGCGCUCGGGAAGCCGCCGCGGGCGACGCGGAGCUUCCGCCGGAGGACGACGCGGUCGAGAUGGCGAGCGCCGCCCAGCUGCUGGACAGCGUGGCGGAGGUGGGCCCGAACUACACCCUGCUGCGCAGCAAGGAGACGAAGGCGAAGCGGCGGAAGCGACAGCGCGAGGAUGCCAGGGCGGCGCUCGACGGCCACACUGUCCUGUCCACCGGAUCGCGCCUCGAGAUCUUCUGCGACAGCGAGCGGUGGUACCCUGCGACCGUCAUGGCGCGGGAGGAGGACGGGGACGGACGGAUCGCGCACCAGAUCGAGUACGACGGCUACCCGGAUCGGCGGUGGUGGCACAUGCUGGACGACGAGCGGUGGCGAGCCGUCGCAGAGCAGGCCGGCACGGGCGUAGGAGGCGCCGCCGCAGACGGGGAUGGGGAUGCGGCGAUGGACCGCGCGGACGGCGAGCGGGGCGCCCGUGCCGCGGGCGACGCCGAGGCGGCCGAGGUGCGGCCGGCGCCGCCUCCUGUGCGCCGGGGUGUGCAGCGCAGCGCGCUGGCGGACGCCCUCGAGGCGGAGGAUGACGAGCGGCAGGAGGAGGCCGCGUGCGGCGAUGGGCGGCCGAUGCUAGCGCCACACGGGCCGGCGCUGUCAGUGCAGCUUCGGCGCGUGCGCCUGCGGCUGCGCGAGUUCCUGGCGACGCAGGCCGCGGCGGGGAAGAGCGUGCCGAUGCAGCGGACGGCCCUCGGUCUGCACCCGACGAUGCGGUGGACGAUCCGCUUCGGCAAGUGGCUGGCGACGACGCGAAUUACCGCGCCGAGGGCGAGCCGGUGGCACGCGACCGAGCGGGGCGACGCGCGGGACGAGGAGCCGACGGUGCGCACGGGGCGCGGCGAGAACACGGUCUACGUCGCGCUGCAGCACAUGAAGAACCACGUGUGGCGCGAGAUCUGGCCGGCGAUGCCGGACGACGCGAGGCAGUACUGGCGGCUGGUGACCAAGCAGGUGAUGUCGCUGUACGACGGCGGCGGCGGCGGGAUGAAGGACGCGGCAGGAGCCGCCGGCCGGGCGGCGGGCCGCGAGGCGGCGCAGGAGAGCGCGUCGCACGGGCAGAGUGAGGCGGCGCAGCGGGCGGCGAGCGAGAGGGCGAGCGCGGUGGCGAGCCGGCGGACGAUGGCCGAGCUGCGCGAGGCGACGACGAAGCCGUGCACGAAGCAGCACCUCUUCCAGGUGGGAGAGUACCUAUGGGACAAAAGCGUCGAAAAUGUCCCAAAAAAGCGUGGCUCGAUGCCGCGCUCGCUGUGGAGCUGCCACAAACUCGCCGCCGAGCGUGCCACCGACGGCGUCCUGGCGGAGGUGGUGGAGUUUGAGACCUGA